AUGCUCGACGGACAAAACACAAGCGAGAUCUUGGAAGCCAUAUGGAUGGGUAUCGUGGUCGCCAACUUCCUUGUCAACACUUAUCGAGUUGAAAGGGCGAUAAAGUUGUGCAAAGAAUGCUUGAUCAUUCUAAGCAAGAAAGCUGUCAUAACAGAAACAGAACUAAUCCAAACAUUUUUCGAAGCACUACAUGCCAUAAUUUUCAAAGGGUGCGACGUGAUCGGUGACUACACCAAUGCCAUACAAUACGGCAGAAAACUGCUUGCUAUACACAGCAGCAAGAGUGCUGAAAACGCAGUGGGAAGAAUUAAGACAAGCCUAAGGCUGGCAACGAUAUAUCACCGUCAAAGUAAAUAUGUAGAAGCAAGACGACUCUCCGAGGAAGCACUGGAAAUAAGUAAAGAAAUAGGAGACAAAGAUGUCGAAGCUGCAUCUCACGAAAGUCUAGGAAUUGCGUUCCAAUCUCUCGGUGAACAUGUCAACGCCAAAGAAUGUCUUGAGAAAGCACUUGCGAUCAAGAAAGAAAUCGGAGACAGAGAAGGGGAACGAAGAUAUUACGGAAACUUAGGAAACGUGUUUGCCUCUCUUGGUGAAUAUGCCAAGGCUAAGGAAUUUCUGGAGAAAGACCUAACGCUCAGAAUAGAGGUUGGUGACAUGAAGGGAGAAGCAUCCUGUUACGUAAACCUGGGAACUGUGCUGCAAUAUCUUGGUGAAUAUGUUAAGGCUAAAGAAUAUUAUAACAAAGCUCUUACCAUCAGAACAAAAAUUGGACAAAGAGUUCAAGGGGCAGAUUACGCCAACCUUGGAAGUGUGUCUCUUUGUCUUGGCGAGUAUUACAAAACUAAAGAUUACACGAAGAAGGCACUUAUGAUCACAAAGGAAACCGGUGAUAGAGGUGGAGAAGCCACAUGCUAUGGAAACCUAGGAACUGCUUACCACAACCUUGGCAAAAUUGGAAAGGCCAAGGAAUUUUUCGAGAAAGCGCUGGCAAUCAAUCAAGAAAUUGGCUCUAGAAAUGGCGAAGCAGCAGGCUACGAAGACCUGGGAAAUGUCUUUCUAUCUCUGGGUGAUUAUAAGUUCGCUAAAGACUAUUUUGAGAAAGCGCUUGCGAUCAGAAAAGAAAUUGGUGACAGAAAAGGAGAGUCACUGUCGUACGGAGACCUAGGGAAGGUUUACAAAUCCCUUGACAAAUACGAGGAAGCUAACGAUUGUCACGAAAUAGCACUUGCAAUAGCGUUAGACAUUGCCAACAGAACUGGCGAAGCGACAUGUUACGGAGACAUUGGAAACGUAUUCCUGUCUAUUGGGGAAUAUGUAAAGGCUGAAGAAUACCUGGAGAAAGCACUUUUGAUCAGAAAAGAGAGUGGCGACAAAGACGGACAGGCAAAUGAUUACGCAGACCUAGGAACUGUUUUUCUUUCUCUUGGCAAAUAUGUGGAGGCUGAAGAUUAUCUUGAGAAGGCACUUGCAAUAACUAACGAGACCGGAAACGUUGAACUACAGUUGGAAUCUCUUUCGAGAAUUUCAUGGUUAAAAUGUUUACAAGGAGACAUUAAAGGAGCCAUGUCGUUUCUCCUUUCAAGUGUUCAUAAAGUUCCUGUGAAGUAUCGCUGUUACCGUUGGUUUCUUUUCAUGCCGGGUAUUGAUAAGACAGCGGUGAAUAAAAUCUUGAUGUGA